AGCGCGGGUGUGUACAUGCGGUGUUCCAUGCAGUCCGCACCAGCGUCAAAUGUGUUCCUUGGGCGACACAGGGCAGCUUAAAGAGGGUACAUGGCACUCAGGAUCCAGAGCAGCGAUUUUGUCCAUGCCUUGAUGUAUAAUAUCCCACUCUGAGGUUCAAAUCCCAGCAUACAGGAGAAGAUGCUGCAGCACCUCCUGUCUGUCCGGACCCUGCGUAGGGCCACAGGGCUUGGGUCAGUGCUUCAGGCAGCCGUUGUCCAACAGCACCCUGUGUCCGUCUGCUGUUGUUUGCCUCACCUGUCCCGUCUCACCACAAACCAACGCUGGAUCCUCACCUCUGCCUCCUCCAGAGCUGCUUCUCCUCCAAAACCUCCUGAGGACAAAUCUGAUUCCCUUUCUCCUGCCUCACCACAGGUAGCAGACAUAGACCCUCUUGAAGACAAGUCUAUGGGACUGUUUCAGAGAUUUAAGAAGACUUUCAAACAAUAUGGCAAAGUUAUGAUUCCUGUUCAUCUCGUCACAUCAUCUGUCUGGUUUGGAACUUUCUACUAUGCUGCUAUGAAAGGGGUCAAUGUUGUGCCGUUCUUGGAGAUGAUUGGGCUCCCAGAAUCACUUGUCAGCCUUUUGAGAGACUCUUCUAGCGGCUAUGCAUUAACUGCAUAUGCUAUGUACAAGAUUGCCACUCCUGCUCGGUACACAGUGACUUUGGGUGGGACGUCCCUCUCUGUGCAGUAUCUCAGAAAACAUGGCUACAUAACCACGCCUCCCCCGGUCACGGAGUACAUCCAGGACAGGAUGGAGGAGACCAAGGAGCGGCUGACUGAGAAGAUGGAGGAGACUAAAGAGCGAUUUUCUGAAAAAAUGGAAGAAACAAAAGAACGCUUCUCUGAAAAGAUGGAGGAGACCAAGGACAAGCUCUCUGAGAAGAUCCAGGAAACCAAAGACAGGGUUUCUUUUCGAAAGAAAAACGAAUAAGCCUAGAGUGUAUUACAGUUGCAUAACAAUAAAGUAGUAUUGUAAAAAAGACGUUUUAUUUCAGUAGUUUAAUCCUGGCUAAAUUAAAUGAAAAUCCCAAAUGACAUUGGAAUUAGCAAUGUUUAAGACUGGUGCAUAUCAUCAUUAUUGCUUGAAAUAACUAGAUGUGUAUGCUGAAUCUAUUCAUGGGAGCUAGUCACAUGAGUUCUUCCUGUUUUGAAGUACUUUUUUGAUUACUUUUGCCCAUUCAAAUGAUAUAUUUUGAGUUGAAGGUUGCUAUGGCAACAGUCUCAAUUCCACAUCACUCUGAAACCCAUGAGUACAAUAUGCAUUCUUAAACAUUGUAAUUUCAACUACUAAAAUAAUUGAACUUUUGCACAAUAUUUAUUUUACUGAAAUGCUGUAAUUACUGUACCCUUGAGAGGAUUUUGCAGAGAAACACAUGGCACUUAUGGAGAGAGACAAUGCACUAAACUGUCCGAAAAUUUCACCUCACAAAUCUCAGUUAUCAUCGUCUGUCCCACAUACCCAACCGUCAGAGACUUACUGUCGCUUGGUUUUGCAUCACCUGGUGUAUAAUUGGAUAAGGGUGGUGACAUGCACUGAAAAUUGUUGACUGUAGGUUAACUUAUGCAUAAGUAAUAGCAGUGUGAAGGGACAGCGCAAAUCCAUCUAUGUGUCAGGAGAAUAAAACUUGAAGCUCAUGGUUUCCUGUGUGUAAAGUCUAUCAAUGCCUUUGUGAAGGCUGGGGUUCACCUAGUGUCUUUUAUAAUGUGUCAGUAGAAAGAUUUUGUUUUUCUAACAUAUUUUUAUCUGAUAACCAAAGCUAAUAUAUGAUGUUGGUGUCUGUUUAUUGGAAGAGAAACUGCUACAGCUGGAACACUCAAUAAUAAUGCUAUUAAAAGAUGUUUAAUGAG